CGGGACAUCUGAAAGAAGAACAUCUAGUCUGAGCCGCCCAGACGCUCUUCUGCCAGACAUAUUCCACUAUUCAGAAGCAGAUAAGGGUGCUGCCGCAUUAAGAGUCGUUCUAAUUAGUUAGAAGAGCUAUGUUAGCCAUAUAGCCUAACUAAUGCGAUAGUAGCUAGCUCAUGUUAAUUGUGUUUCAGUUGGUUCACUGUAAUAUCGUCAGACUGUAAAACUUAACUUAUGUGGAUCCACACUUAAGAAAUGCAAGAAUGAAUCCGUCAGAGAGCGAUCAUGUUUCUUCGAAGGACUUUGAAAACAGAACAGACGCAUACAAAUUUCUGCAGGCAGAUGUUCGUCUAGCUGUGGUUGAGAAGAUCCUACUGUACCUGCCUGCACAUCAGGUGGUGCGAGUCUGUCGGCUGGUGUGUCGUGAGUGGAAGAAGCUGGUGGACAGUGCUUCACACUGGAGAGAGCGCUGUGAGAGAGAGGAGAUCCAGCCCUGUGAUGCUUCCAGAACCCCAGAGGACUGGCGCCUGUUUUACUUUCUAGCUAAGAAUCCACGUAACUUGCUCAACAAUCCCAGAGCGGACGAUGGACUUCAAGGUUGGAAUCUUAUACAGAAUGGUGGUGACCGCUGGGAAGCACACGGAAAUAGAUGUACAUUUCCAGACAACACUGUCACCAAAUGUUUUGUGACAUCCUAUAUGUUAUGUUUGAAGCAGCAGCUGAUUGAUUUGAAGAAAGAAGGCUACAGUGGUGCUUUCAUGGAUCAACUGCAACCUCAUAUCAGAAUAUCAGACUGGUAUACUGCACGCUCUGAUUGUGGAAGCGAGUAUCAGAUCUGUGUAGAGUUGCUUGAUCAGAGGAAAAAUCCCAUCAGGACCUUUCAGCCUGAGACAGUUCUAUUUGAACAGUGGAACAAUGAGCCAUGGUGUCAAAUGACCCAUGUUUUUAAGGAUUAUGGACCUGGAGUUCGGUUUAUUCGUUUCACUCAUGGAGGGAAGGAUAGACAGUUUUGGGCAGGCCAUUAUGGAAUACGGAUCACUAACAGUAGUGUGAAAAUCUGUCCAGCUGCAGAGAGACAUGAACUGCUAAUGAGAUGAUGAAUUACCUGAAUGCAAUCCACCUCAAAUCACGUUGAAGCUUAAUUAUGAAAUAAAAUUUGAAGACCUGGGCCUUGGUUACAAGAGACAAAUCAGCAGCAGUUUGCACUAUAUGUAUUAAUGUAAUUUAUCUAGGAUAUAUGGUGACAUUUACUUGUUUAUUUUGUUUUACUGACAGCACACUGAACUUAAUAUCUUUAACAGUGACUUUUAUUGGAUGAAAAUCAUGUAACUUUUUGUCAAAGGACCCUGUGUAACUGAAGACAGUGGCUAAAGCCCUGGGUACACUUCGUUUUCUUCACACGCACACUAGUGUACGAGCACAGUCAAACACACAGCCUUGGAAAGUAUACUUCACGCAUACACAGGUGUUUGACGCAUACACAGUUUUGAGGAGUCUCUCGCCACGAGUAACAACCCAUGUAAACAUCUUUGUAUUCUUUCAUGCUGGAGUUGUACAAAUGAGGUACUUUCUAACCUCUUCGCAAAAUCUCGCAUCUAUGUAGGUCUCUAUUGUCUCUGUAGCUUGCAUGCGUUCCAGUCUGUUCUGUUUAUGCAGUUUUUCUUUGACUACCUUGUGAAUUGAUACCCCCAGGGCACGGUUGCCACCUUGUGGAUAAAAUAAUUACUGCAAAAAAAAUUAAAUGCGCAUGUGCAACAAGUACGCAUGGUUAUAAAGAUCUGGCGGUGCAUGUACAGUACGCGCAUACUCUUCUAAUGACAAAUUUCGUGUCACGCACACUGCACGCUGACCCCCGCAUAUGCGUAAAAAUGUAACUAUACUUUGGGCUUUAGUAGAUGAACAUCAUGGGUGGGGGACCUAAUGUCUGCACUGCAUCCAUUAGGUUCCGUACGCACAUGACUGCAUAACACAAAAUCCUGAGUCAAAUAUGAAUGGAUCAGUUGACCUGCACUGUUUAUCAUUUAAACCGGUUUAGGUCUUUUGUAUGUGUUUCAUGAAAAAAUUAGCUAUUUUAUUCAAGAUAACUUAAAAGGAGUGAGCAAAGAUGAGCAUAACUGUCCCCCACAUAUGCAUAUUUAAAAGCUUUUUUAAUUUUUUUUUCUUCACACUAACGUUUAGAUAUUUAAUAGAAUAAAACACCUAUAACAAUGUAAACUAGGUAGUUUCGCUGAUUAUCUUAAAAGUCCAUAGAUAUGCCGGUAGUUCACACUGCUGUUAACACUUUCUCUGACAAGCGGAUGCAAUGAGACCAGUUUUCCGGUAUGGUCAUGUGACGUUCGACUUAUACCCUACUGGAAACACUUCAGGAGUUUCGAAGUCGUCAUCUGGUUGGUUGAAUUCUACAGGACAUCCGUCUUUAAUGGUAUGCCUGGAAACAAAUGCCGUGACGCCAAACCCCCUCGUAGAAGAAGAACGUUGUCAUGUUUACAACUGUGACAAGGAGCACUUACCAAGAUCAAAUAAAAGUUGUGAAGUAUGUGAAGUUCGCGGGUCCAUUGUUGCAGUAAACUUGCACGUUCUUGAAUGAAUAAUUUAUUAGAUGCAAGCCGGUGUGUUAUUGUAGGGACAUCGACUUUCACUUUCACGCCCCUAAACCUGACACGGAACAUAAACGAACUGUGUCUGUGAUUGGUUACAUUACAUGUCAGUCAGACGUCUUCUUGGGCGAUAGAGUCUAGACCUUCUGCCGUCAGUCUGAAGGUCUGGCUAUGCCAGACUACGAUCCAACUGAAAACAAAAUGAAAAACUAAAUCUAAAACUCUUUACAGAAAAUUUGGAUAGUGUUGAAAUCGGAUAUAAGUUAUGAAAUUUGGACUUCAAAAUUCAAGCUGUUCAAAAUUAAUAAGAGAAUCCUCUAAACAUGCAUUGCAUAUAUGCUGUUUAAAUAAACUUAUUAUAUCUGUU